ACCGCAAGUAGGGUUUGCUUUCUCCAAAAACAUUACCGCCGCAAGCCGUUUGCUUUCUCCAAAAAAAUUACCGCCGCAAGCCGUCUCCCUUCGCCUCGCCGUCUUCGCCAUCUCCGCCUCGCCAUCUCUCUGUCACCUCUCGCCGUCUCCCUCUCGUCUGUUGUCGUCUCCCUCUCGCCUUUCAACAAAGUCAAGCUUUCAACCAGCGAACUCAGGCUCUGAAUGAGCUCAGCCUCUCAGAUCCUCGCCGGCUCCGUUUUUCCGGUGGACGUUCUUUGACUCCCUCUCGGAUCUCUACCGGCGAAGUAUCAGCUUUCUACCACCUGAAAUCUCGUCAGCUUCUCUCCAUUUCCGUCAUGGAUGCACCGCAGGAGGAGAAUUCUAAUUAUUUGAGGCCGAGUACAAUUAAUGUGGCUUCAAAUGUUGGGACAUAUUACAAGACAAAAUACUUGAAAAUGGUUAGGAAGGUAUUGAAUGCGAAAUGUGGUCAACCGUUGGUGGACAGAUUUUUAAGUGGUUGUUUCGGACACUUAUUAGAUUGGAAUCCGGGGUCAAAGUGUGCUAUGGCUGUUCACCAUGUAGUUUCUCGCCAAAUCCGAUCAAAUGAUAAUGGAUUGUGGUCUUUUAUUAACGGGAGUAGGUUAAAUUUCUCGGAGAGGGAUUAUGCCCUUGUUAGAGGGCUGAAUUUUGGAGAAACUGACUUUGAUACGAGGGCACACCACGAUCUCCGGAAUGUUGAAGUGUUCAGAAAAUUUUGUUGUGGGCAGAGGACUGAAUUUUGGAGAAACUGACUUUAAAAUAA